GCUUCGUCAACACAGACGGUUUUCUCCGAAUAAAGCUCCGAAUUUUCCGAUUUUUUGUGAUAGUUUCUUGUUUGUUUUAUGGUGUUAGUGAAUUGUUUAGUGAUUUCAAUCGAUAACAGCUACCGAGGCGCGAGUUACUGGAGUUACUGCCAGCUGACGGCCAUGUGGGGAGUGGGGGAGAACGACCGAUAAUCGUCGACGGAGUGCCAGCCGCCUGCGCAGCGCAGUUCGCCUUCCUCAGCCAGCGCGUCAGGGCGCCACGCAACUGUCGCGUUACCCCCUUUGUUUACAUCGGACGCGUUUCUUUGUUCAAAUUAGCGCGCGAUGGAUAAAGUGCGUUCUGUUGUGUUAUAGUUAUUUUUGUUGUGAGAGUGAAAGUUUACGAACAUGGCCAGUGAACAUUCCGAGUCCCAGGAGACCAGCUCCACGUCUCUAGUGGAAGACUCGCUGACCAUAUCGUUCGAAGACAUCAGCUAUGUGGUCCGACAUGGCAUCUUGGCGGGAGGACGCAAGACGAUCCUCAACGAAGUAUGCGGCACCUUCAACGCUGGCGAGCUGACGGUCAUUAUGGGACAGUCCGGAGCCGGCAAGAGCACUCUCAUGGACAUCCUAGCGGGAUAUACAAAGCCAACAAGCGGGAAUAUCUUCAUCAAUGGUCGACUGCGCAAUGAAAAAAGUUUUAGGCGGAGAUCGUGUUACAUAUUACAAGACGACAAAGUACAAGACAUGCUCACUAUCAAUGAAUCACUACACAUAGCAGCAGAACUCAAAUUAGGAAAUCAUAUUAGCAAACAACAGAAAAAACGACGAAUACAUGAAAUAAUCACAUCCCUCGGUUUAAGUAAUUCUAAGCACACUAGAGCUGGUCUCUUGUCUGGUGGACAGAAGAAAAGGCUGGCAAUAGGUUUGGAAUUAAUCAGUGACCCACCGGUCAUGUUCCUAGACGAACCCACAAGUGGGCUGGAUAGUUCAAUAUCGAAGCAAAUAGUAUAUUUACUUCACCUUUUAGCGCGGCAAGGGCGGACGGUGGUGGUGACCAUGCACCAGCCGUCCGCCGCGCUGUUGAGCAUGGUGGACCGGCUGUACGCCGUGGUGGGGGGCCGCUGUGCCUACGUCGGCUCCGUACCACAGCUCCUGCCCUAUCUAGAACAUAUGAACUUAAUGUGCCCGCCCUACCAUAACCCUGUGGACUUUUUAAUCGAAAUAUGUGUAGAAAAUGCGAGUGACCUAGUGGAGAGCUCGGGAAAUGGGAGGAACAAUAGAUGGACUGCAAACAUAUCUCAUGAGACUGAUAGUAAUUUAAUAGAAAUAUCUAGUCUAAGUGCCUGUAAAGAGGUGUGCCUGACGACUCUGCCGGCUCCUAAGGAGGAUCCAACGAGUAAAAUACUAUUAGCACUGAAGAGUACAUACACCACGUCGUUUCUCAAGCAAUUUGCCACACUCACUCGGAGAUCACUUUUGACAAUAUGGAGGGACCCCUCGUUCACUCUAAUGACGACGGGCAUCCACUGCGCGAUGGCGCUCUUCAUAGGCUUCCUGUUCUACAACAUCGGCCAGGACGCUAAGUACGUGCGGGACAACUACAACUUCUUGUACUUCAGCCUUAUGUUCCUCAUGUUCACCGCUUUCAGUGGCGUUACUAUCAGCUUUCCCGAACAAAUCCCCGUGAUCCGACGGGAGCAUUUCAACAGGUGGUAUACAACGGGGGCCUACUACACGUCGACUAUAGCGUCGACACUACCGACUCAGACUGUGUGCACACUGUCGUAUGCCUUCAUUGUGUACUGGCUUACUGGACAACCCACUGAAUUGAGACGGUUUGCUGGCUUCUGCUUCAUACUGCUCUUAGUCUCCUACGUCGGAUUGUGUAAAGGAUUGCUUAUUGGAUCCUUGUUUAAUGUUAAGAAUGGAGUAGUAUUCGGACCAUUCUUCAUAAUGCCGUUCACCGUGUUCUCUGGGUUCUUCCUCCGGUACUACGACGCGCCGUUCUUCGUGCGUUGGCUGUUCCAGGCGUCGUUCCUCAAACACGGGCUUGUAGGCCUCGUACUAUCCAUCUACGGCAUGGACAGGGCCAAACUCGUGUGUUCAGAGUUAUACUGCCACUACUCCUACCCCAACCUAUUCCUCCAAGACAACUACAUAACCGGUGAAAAGUUUUCCAUGCUUAUUCUUGCAUUAUUCUCCAUAGGCAUUAUUGUAUCAAUAUUAGCUUUCAUCAUAUUAAAAAUAAGAUUAAAGAGCAAAUGGUAAGGUUUAGAAGUUGGAAAUGGAUUGAGUUAUGAAAGUGAGACGGGAUGUGAAAAUCUCGUCGUCUUAUUACAUAAGUAUGACAACGUAACUAGUCUGUUCGAAGAGCGAGCCAUAGAAUGCACAGGGUGUGUGUAGUGCCAGCAUUAUUAGUUAUGAUAUUUUUUACUGGAAUUUUAAUAAAACUACAUCGAAAGAAAGUUUAUUCAUGAAAACUAGACCUACAUAAUUAUGUAUCCAGAGGCCAGUUAAAAAAAAGUCACAGAAAUAUUAUGAAACAAAAUGAAACAUAGUAUCAAUUACACACAAGAGAAAUACUGGCAUCAAAUGAAAACGAUGCGAAUUUUCGCUAUCAAAAAUAGGACAGAAUUUAUUUUGGAGACAGAAUAGAUUGUAAUUUAAAAUAUGCUAGACAUUCCAAUUUAAGUGUAAAUAUUUUAUAUUUUAAGUAUCAGAAAUAUCCAUAGUAUGUAAUAAUAUUGCAAGCUCAAAGUGUUUACAUUAUAAUUUAAAACAUGAAGUGUACAAGUAUAUAAGUGAGUACCAAUUGUAAAAUAUAAUAUAAUGUGAAAUUUUAUAAUAUUGUUGUAAUAAAAACAUUUUAAUAAGUACUUGUAAUUAAUUAAUUAAUUAGAAUAAGAAAGUAAUAGAACAAUACACAUUUAUAAAGUAGAUCAGAGAAUUACAGUAAACGCAUGAAUUCCUUAGUAUUAGGAGUAUGGGUUCAUCAGAACUUAAUGAAAAUUAAAAAUAUAUUUUUAUAACUAAAAAUCGUAGUUCUUAUUAGGAUACCCUAAGUACUAAUGAAAUCAAGUGCGUACCGUAAAGUUCGUUUAUAAUUAAUACCAAAGAUUACAAUUAUCACUAUAGACAUGCUGUUUUAAAUACGCACAUCAAUAAAAAAUACCUAUAAAGUUAGUUUAUCCAAUACGUAAUUAUGGAAAAAUUAUGUUUCCACAUAUUUAUAUUACAGAAACAACAUUAAAGACACAUUGAUUGGUAAAACAUUUAAUGAUUCUUUACAUUACAAGAAUUAAUACUUGUUUUCCAAAACAUAAGAACAUUGUUAAGAAAAAACAUCGUUUGGAAUGCCUCAGGGUAACAUUUUGGGCCCAACCCUUGUUUUUCUUAUAUUUUUCACGUAAAUGCAAAGAGAUUCAAUUCCAUCUCGAUAUUAUAAUUUAUUUUUAGUGUCGUCCUACUAAAAUAGAGUAAAUUAAUAUUAAAAUACUACUUUAAGUGUACGAUCAAAGUAUGAGAAUAAACAUUACAAAAGAAUUGGUGAUUGGUAAUUAUUCAUUUUUAUUUCUUAACUUGAAUUCAAAUAGGAACUUCCAUACAUCUAUUAAAAAAAAAUCUUCAGAAAACUAAUACGAACUACCGAUAACUGAAAUAUUAGAACAAAUUGAUGCACCAAACUAAUAUUAAUGUAAGUACAAAGAUUUAUAUAAUAUAUUUAUAUUUAUAUCUUUAACAGAAAGAGAUUUUAAUACUGAUUAAUAAACCAUAGUUUUUGGCCAAAUGUGAAUAUUUCUUUUAUAUAUUAGUUUUAAAGGUAGUUAAUUUUAAACGUAUGUGAUACAGCAAAAUUAGAACAAUUUUAAGAUUGUUUAUAAAACGUCGACGAAAUUAUUUACCUGAAUGCAAUUUAAUUAUUUGAAAACAUUUUACUUUCUGUUCUCCCAAUGUUAAUAAAUAUUUUGGCUGGA